AUGAUUGUGUUCACGCUAAAGUUUUGGGACUUAUUAGUUACUCAAAUGGCCUUAAUAACAAAUGUAACAUUUCUCCAUGUAAAUUGUAAAUUAACUGAAUUUUUAUUUGAGUUUCUGACACCAGUUGGAGAUUGGCUUAACGCAUGUGUAGCUAUUGAACGCGCUGUUACCAUAACAUUUGGUGCUAAUUUCAGUAAAUCGAUAAGUCUGCUGGCAUCAAAAGUGGUUGCCGUCAUUGUUAUCGUUUUUACCAUUACCAUUGCAAUACAUGAUCCAUUGAAUCGACGUCUAAUUGUAGAUGAAGAAGAUCAGCGUACAUGGUGUGUUGUUAGUUAUGUUCACUUACCAUCGUUAAAUAUUUUUAACACGGGACUCAACAUUACACAUUUUAUUCUCCCAUUUGCAAUUAAUUUUAUCUCGGCAUUUAUUAUUAUUCUUACAACUGCACGCAAGCGUUCAAUUGCACGUACACAACAAACAUAUUGUCAACAUCUUCGUAAAGAAUUUCAACAACAUAAACAUCUGAUUAUAAGUCCAUGUAUUUUAGUUUUGCUAGCUUUACCACGACUUAUUAUCUCAUUCUUUUCCGGUUGUAUGAAAUCCGAACGAAAUCCAUGGCUGUAUUUUGCUGGUUAUUUUGUUUCGUUUAUAU